AUGUAUGAGCGAUGCAAGUAUAGCACCGAUGUGAAGGUCGUGAAGUGGGAUCCACUUAAAGAAAAAUUGUUGAGGCUGCUGGGAAACAAGCAUCCUACCAACCUCUGCUCAGCGGUCAACGACGCCCUGCACAUUGCUUUGGAACAGAAUCCAAGGGCGCUUUGCUUUGGGGAAGAUGUGGGCUUUGGAGGAGUCUUUCGGUGCACAGUGGGCCUCUUUGACCGCUUUGGACGUGACAGGGUGUUCAACACACCCCUGUCAGAACAGGGGAUUGUGGGGUUUGGCAUAGGGACGGCGGCGAUGGGAGCGACGCCGGUGGCGGAGAUCCAAUUUGCAGAUUAUAUCUUCCCGGCCUUUGACCAGAUCGUGAACGAGGCGGCCAAGUACCGGUAUCGUUCCGGGGGGGACUUCCACUGCGGCGGCCUCACCGUGCGUGCCCCCUAUGGUGCGGUCGGCCACGGAGGGCACUACCACUCACAGUCUCCAGAGGCCUUCUUCACACAUGUGCCCGGAAUCAAAGUGGUGGUGCCCAGCGGCCCCAAAGAAGCCAAAGGUCUGCUGCUGGCAUCCAUCCAGGACCCAGACCCGGUGAUUUUUUUAGAGGCCAAGAUGCUCUACAGGACCGUAGUGGAAGACGUGCCGACCGGCAGUUACACAAUCCCCCUGGGGCAGGCCAGAAUUGCGCACUCCGGGGGUGACAUAACCCUCGUCGGCUGGGGCCAGCAGGUUGCCGUGCUGGAGAGGGCGGCUGCGAUGGUGCAGGAAGAGGAUGGCAUAGAGUGCGACAUCAUCGAUUUGAGGACCCUGCUGCCCUGGGACAGAGAUACCAUAGAGGCGUCUGUUAGCAAAACAGGGCGGCUCCUGGUGAGCCAUGAGGCGCCGGUGACCUCCGGCUUUGGCGCAGAAAUAGUGGCUGCAAUUUCCCGGCGCUGUUUUCUUCGGCUAGAGGCCCCACCGGUGCGGGUGUGUGGAUAUGACACACCCUUCCCGCUUGUGUUCGAGCCCCUUUACGUCCCCUCUGCCCAGAGGGUUGCUGAUGCAAUUCGCGAGUCAUGCCACUUCUGA